UGGAGGUAGUUACCCGGGCUGUGGAGGUAGUUACCGGGGGCUGUGGAGGUAGUUACCCGGGCUGUGGAGGUAGUAACCCGGGACGCUGCUCCGCGAUGGAGACCACGAAGUGAACGUCCCUGUUGUUUCCACGCUUCUUCCUCCUCCUCCUCUUCCUCCUCUUCUUCCCCUUCUUCAUUGGAUUUACUCUCACAUUGAAGAUGCCUGGAAAGAGCAAGUACAACCUGGUGGACGACGGGCACGACCUGCGGAUCCCGCUGCACAACGAGGAAGCGUUCCAGUGCGGGAUCAACUUCGAGGCCAAGUACAUCGGCAGUCUGGAUGUGGCGCGGCCGGGCAGCCGGGUGGAGAUAGUGGCUGCCAUGAGGAGAAUACGGUAUGAGUUCAAGGUGAAAAACAUCAAGAAGAAGAAAGUCCACAUCACGGUGUCCGUAGACGGCGUGAAGGUCUCCCUGAGGAAAAAGAAAAAAAAGAAGGAGUGGACGUGGGACGAGAGCAAGAUGAUGGUGAUGCAGGAUCCCAUCUACAGGAUAUUCUACGUCUCCCACGACUCCCAGGAUCUGAAGAUCUUCAGCUACAUCGCCCGGGACGGACAGAGCAACGUCUUCCGCUGCAACGUCUUCAAGUCCAAGAAGAAGAGUCAGGCCAUGCGCAUCGUGCGGACGGUCGGCCAGGCCUUCGAGGUUUGUCACAAGCUGAGUCUCCUGCACACGCAGCAGAACGCUGACGGACAGGAGGACUGCCACAGCGAGAAGAACGGCAACGACUCCUCCGUCUCAGCUCGGGAGCUAACGGGCGCCGAGAAGACGGCGGUGGUCGCCGAGGAGACGGACAUCGAUGCAGAGGAGGCGAGUCAGGCGCUGGCGGGCGAGGAAUCCAACAUCAACAGAGGCGUGACCGAUCUGGACGCCACGGCAAAGACACCGGAUCUGAACCACAUAGAGAACGAGUCUCUAGCCUCGGAGGAGGUCUCUCUGCUGGUGUCCAGCCCCCGGAUGCUGCUCCCUGCAGCGGCAACCCUCCCGCCGGCCGCCCCCCUGUCGACCCACCACCAGAUCCAGCUGCUCGGGCAGCAGCUGCAGCAGCAGCAGCAGCAGACACAUGUGGCUGUAGCACAGGUCCACCUCCUGAAGGACCAGCUGAGUGCUGAGGCCACAGCUCGCCUGGAGGCUCAGGCCCGAGUCCAUCAGCUGCUGCUGCAGAACAAAGACCUGCUGCAGCACAUCUCCCUGCUGGUGAAACAGAUCCAGGAGCUGGAGAUAAAGAUGUCUGGACCCAACUCAAUGGGCUCCCAGGACAGCUUGCUGGAGAUCACCUUCCGCUCGACGAUUCCUCCGGUGAUCUGCGACGCCACGACUCCGAAACCCGAGCUGUCGGCCGUCAACCUGCCGGCGCUGACCGGGGACGGGACCAUCAACGCCUUCUCGUCUUCCAACGGGACGCUGGGAAGCCCCCUAGUUGAUCAGAGCAUGUUUGAGAACUCCACCGCACAGCAGCAGAGUCCUCAGAUCUCCAGGCCCGGCCAGCCCUCGGCCCGACGCACCCCAGGAUCCUCCAACCCCAACCUGGGCUCCAGCAGCGCCGAGUCCCCGGCCUCCGGAGGCCAGCAGAGGCUGAAGAACGCCAUCAACCUGGGGAAGGCUGUCGGGGCAAAGGUGAAUGACUUGUUGAGGAGGAAGGAGUCCAGCCACCUCGGGGAUAUCGGGGUAACUGAGGUCAACAAAAACGCUGGUGCUGUGUGGGGCUGCAUGGACCAACUCAACACAACUACUGCUAACAGUCACGUUUCCUCCUCCUUCGACUCCUUCCCUCGCCUGGACCCGCCGCCGCCGUCGGGGAAGAAGCGCCUCCCUCGAGCGCUGAAGACCACCCAGGACAUGAUGAUCUCCUCUGACCCCGUGGUUUCCUCUCCAGACGCUGGAGACUCCUCCUCAUUCCUCUCGUCCCCCGGUAAGACGCCGCUCCUCGCCCGGGAGGAGGAGGCGGGGCUCGGCGAGGGCGAGCAGCCGGGCGAGAGGGAGGGAGUCGGGUCGACGGGGGUCUCCUCGCCUCCGGCUGCUGCAGAGGAGAAAGUGCUGACUCGUUCAGACUCGACCGGGAGCAGCAGCAAGGUGGAAGGAGUGACGGGUGGAGGAGGAGAGGAAGAAGAAGAAGAAGGCCGGAGAGCUGACGGAGAGGUGGAGGAACGCCGGCCUCAGCUGCAGCUCUCUGUCCCGGACCUCAUCCACAAAGACCCCCCCCACUGCGACGUCUGGCAGAAGGCGUCGGGCCCGGACGUCCGGCUCGCCUCCACCCCCCGCUCGGGGAAGACCGCCUGCCGCAUCAGCCUGGGCGAGGAGGCCCUGCUGGGGAACGGCGCCCCCUGUGGGAGAGGCGCUGAAGACGCGGAGCCGCAUCCGGACCUGCUGUCGUUCGAGUGACGAGAUCAGACAAGUUCCCAGUGUGAAUUCAAACAGACUGGAUCUAAUACUCACGACCACUCUUCACAUAUAUCAGGCUCUGCUUUGGGAAAAGGGAACUCGCUCUUACAGGAUCCAGGACAACGGGUCUGAUCUGAUGCUUUUCAACCUUUGAGCAACUUUUUAUACGAGCGGAUGAGUUCUGAGAUGAGUUCUCGUGGUGAUAAAACCUGAGUCUGUAGACGUCAGGUCAGAGAAACACUACGAGCGUCUUUUUAACGAAUGAAAACAAGGCUGACGAGGGAUAACAAGACAAAAACUAAAGUUUAACUUUAUUAGUUUUCAGUAUUUUCUCAGUUUUGAGAAUAAAAUCGUAAUAUUAGGAG